AUGACGACCUCUAUCUUGACGCCGCUCAACAACAGUCCGUUCGGGGUGCCAGACUCGUACCCUCGAACAAUCUCGACAAUGUCCAGGGGGCAAGGCUACUUUUUUCACAACUUCAACCCAGACGAUGCCACAGGAUCUAAUAGUUACAACUUCCAACACCCACAGCCACAGAGCACUGAGCACGCCUUCUCCAAUGUCUGGGGCACAUCCCCUUUGACGACUGCGCCGCCACAGGACACACACCACGCAUUCGUUUCGCAACCAUCUGUCAACGCAAGCCCGACAUCGACAGCAAGCAUCGACCCUGCGGCUCUAUCUACACCGACCUUCACACCAGCCAACGCAUCAGCUUCUUUCUCUACACCCACGUUUACAUCAGCUAAUUCUUCUGUGGCUCUCGCCACACCCAACUUCACGCCCGCAAACUCAUCUGCCGGUUUCCACCAUCACGCCGCGGCCAUCUCCCCCUCGCAAUCACAUUUCGACACCAACCUUUCCUCGUCCUCGCCCCUCGGCAACGAAACAUCUUGCCUGGUAUCCCUACAUGGGUUCAUCAAUUGCAUAAACCGUCAUGAAUCCAUCAUCCGGAUGACGGUGUGA